ACUUCAAUGGUCAGAACGAAUUCAGACCUUCCUGUUUAUCACUUGCAUUGUUAGUAAGAGGACGACGUUAGUACCAACAAGUCAAGAAUACUGUGGUAUUUUGUUCGCGAAACUUCGAUAUGGAUAUUCGAACAACUAUUAUCAUUGGGUUUAUACUCAUAGUAAUGGUCUCCGCAUUUCCGUCUGAUGAGAUCAGAUCGAAGCGCGACGUCAUGGACUCUAUUAAAAACGCCUGGACGGAGAUGGGGCAGAAUCUUAACGACGCUGGUGACGCUGUCGUACACGCCGUCAAACCCACCGAAAAAAGUACCAUAGACAAAAUGGUGGAUGACGUCAAAAGUCUUGGACAAUGACAAUUUUUAUUAUCUCCUUUCAAAAUUCACGAGCAAAUUUGCUGCACUCAAAUACAGCGAAAAUUAUAUUGACAGGCUCGUUUUAUACUAUUAAUUAUAUCACUAUGUAUUACUAUUUAAACUAUUAUCUCCUUUAUAAUCGUUAC